ACGAGAUACAAAAAAGUACAAAAGUACCUAAAAUUCUAUUACAAUAACUUCGGCUUCCACCAGCCUUACCAAGUUCUCCUAGAUGGCACGUUUUGUUUCGCAGCUUUUAAACAUGGACAGUAAAUACCGUCGCGUUGGCCGCCUCAUCGACAUAGUGGAUGAAGAGUGGCGCACGGAGCAACUCCCCCACAUGGACAUCCGUGUCCCGGUGGAGGAGCUACCCGACCCAGAGGCGGACAGCGCCGACUCCCAUCUCACCUUGAGAGAGCAGGGCAUGCGCUGGCAGGAGAACUUCCCAGAGUCUGCCAGCAGUAAUCAAAACUAGGAACAAAUUAAUAUAAGGGAGCAGUUACCUAAAUAUCUUAAUGGACAAGCAAAACUAUUGACAACAAGAUGUAUUAUUAUAGAAACAGAAAAAAUAUAAAAAAAAACACACGGCGCCCUUACUAUAUUGAAACAAUUUGGUAUCCAUGAGUGUGGUCAUAAAGAGCCUGUGUCAGGAUCACAAUGCAUUUUGUCAAUGGUCGGUAAAAAAAAUGAAAAGCAUUACAUUCUCGCUUCACAAGACAGAGAUUUGCAGGAUAAAAUGAGAGCUAAAGCCGGUGUUCCACUACUUUAUUUACAUAACAAGUCACCAACAUUGGAAAAA